GUCUUCCCCCCCUCCUUCCCCUCCGCCGGCCCAGCGGCGGAAGGCCGUCGCCCCACCGACCACUACCCGCCGUGCCCGUUCGUUUUUCCCAGCUACACAGCAACCCGCCGGUGCGCGCGGUUGCGUCGUCGCAUUGCAUGGCUGCGCGCUGCGCUCCGGCCUAGGCACAGGGCAUCUUGUUGGAGAUCCUCCGAUCCUCCCCGGCCGGCGGCUCAUUCGUCGGAGGAACUGAACUGACCGCCGCGUCGAUCGUCUUCUCGCUCUCUCGCUCUCUGCCCUGUUCCCGGGGCUGAGAGGGGAGGAGAUCGAGAAGGCCACGACUAAGCUGGCGGACGGAGCGACGACGAUGGCGAGGAGCGGCGGCGGCGGCAGCGUUGGGGUGGAAGGAGGAGGAGGAGGCGGCACCGGCGGCGGCGGGCUGAGGAAGGGGCCGUGGACGCAGGCGGAGGACAAGCUGCUGGUGGACCACGUGCGGCGCCACGGCGAGGGCAACUGGAACACCGUGCGCCGGGAGACGGGGCUGCUUCGUUGCGGCAAGAGCUGCCGCCUCCGGUGGGCCAACCACCUCCGCCCCAACCUCCGCAAGGGCCCCUUCUCCCCCGAGGAGGAGCGCCACAUCCUCAUCCUCCAUGGCCUCAACGGCAACAAGUGGGCGAAAAUCUCCUCUUACCUCCCAGGGAGGACGGACAACGAGAUCAAGAACUACUGGAACACGCGCCUCAAGCGCCGGCAGCGCGCGGGCCUGCCGCUCUACCCGCCGGACGUCGAGCGGGACAUCGCGAUUCUCCGCGCGCAGAACGCCGACGCCGACGCCAAUGCCCACGCCAACGCCAACGCCAGCCUUCCGCCGCCGCCGCCGCUCCUCUACGACGCCAGCAACCCGUUCGUCGCGCUGCCGCCCACCAUGCCGUCGCCGUCGCCCACGCACUCGCCGCUGCAGAUCAACCAGAACUACCCGCUCCUGAACCAGAUGCAGGUGUUCCACCACAUCGGAGGCAGCCACCACCAGCAGCAGCAGCAGCCGCAGCCGGCGUUCCACCAGGACAACGGCAGCGCGGCGGCGGCGUUCGGCAGCGGCAUCGUCUCCUCGGGCCUGCCGCCGCUGCCGACCGCCACCGCCAGAGCGCAGCAGUUGGAGCUCCCUUCGAACCAACAAUUCGACACCUCCAGCAGCGGCAGUGGCAGCGGCAGCGUGGGGCUGCUGGAGUCGAUGCUGAUCGGCGACGAACACCUGAUGCUCCGGCCUAACCCGAGCAUGGUCAAGGUCCCCUCCAUGCCCGCGCUCUCCUACCGCGAGCCGGCCGGAUCCAGGCUGCUGCCCGCCCACGGCGUUGGCAGCGACGGCGACGUCACCUCGCACGCGCACGCGCUCUGCCCUCCGGGAGAGGACAUCCACCAUGGCGCGACAUGGGACUUCACCUUCGAGGCCGUGAAGCCGGCGAAGAGGAGGACGGCGAGCGAGGUGGGGAUCUCCGACAUGUUCGCCAUCGCCCCGGCGGGGGAUUGGUUCGGCACCUGCGGCGGGUCGACGGGGCCGUCGUCGGCCGUCACCGACGACGAGUUCAACCUGGAGAUGCAGCAGUUCAUGUCAUUGCUACCACUGUCCAUCGACGAGCACGGCUGCAACGCAUAAAUGCGGCCGGGUAAAAAAAAUGGAAAUCGGAAACUGUGUAGAGAGCGUGUGUUUGAUUUGCUUCCGCGACGAGAACAGUGUACGCAUUGUUUUUGUAAUGAGCCUAUUCUUGGAUCUUUCUCUGUUCUAGACGUCGAUCCAGUUUCAAACAUGUUGAUAUUGCUAGGGCACUA